AUGAAUAGUAACAAGAAUUCACCAUCAAAAUUACUUCCUUUAACUCAACAUCUGAAUCUAUAUAAUGGUAACUAUGACAGUAAAAUCGAAGAUGUACUCAAAAUAUGGAUAUUGCCUACCAUCAACCAAAAUAUUCACGAAGAUUUAUUAAGAAAUAAUUCCAUAGAAGAAAGGCAGUACUGUGACACUAAUAAUUACUCUAUAUCUGCAAAUGUGAAUUCAGCUGAAGAAUUGACGCUUUCCGAGUCAAACCAUACACAAAUUAAUGAUAACGAUAAAUCGGCUUCAAAUUUAAAUCACAUCAUGAAACAAUUGUCACGGAAAAUGUGCAAACAAUACCUCCUUCCAGAUGAAUAUACCGAACUGGAAUCUGAACUUGAAAAGUCACUGAACAUUGCUGAAUCGAGUUCAAAUACAGUUUUGUAUGCGAAAUUCAAAAGUGACAACCAAUCAUUAAAUCAUAAAAAGGUGAAGCAUUUUUACACAAAGAAUAAUUAUGAAGACCUUAACGAUUUUGAGGAAUACCAAUAUAAGGAUUUCGGAUAUGGUAUAAGCCAAAUAAAUGGUGAAAAUUUGGAAUACAUUCUGAAUGGUAAACAUACAAAAUCACCAGGAAAACAAAUUUAUGACAAUAUUGUUCGUAAAGAGAAAUUGACUCAUAUGCGUAAUGGGAAGAAGAUUGCGAUCUUUAUUGUUUACUUUGACAGCCCUUUCAAAAACUCCCUUGAGUUUCUCAAAUCACCAUCCCAUCAAUCAUUACCAAAAAUUAUCAAUUAUUCAACGUAUACGUCCGUCAUGUGGGAAAGUCUGAUGAAGUUAUUGAAUCACUUGAUAAGUGAAGAACGUUUGUUUUGGCAUAAAGAAUUACUAAACAGAAAUAAAUCUAAUAAUUCAGAGGUUGAGACGAUUGAUAUUAAAUCUUUACUAAAUGAUAUUGAUCGUUUUUAUUCGGAAGAAUUGCGCCUGCUAUGGAAGCAAGUUUAUGAAAGUUGGGUUCCGCGUGAUUAUCUACAAUAUUUUUCAGAUGAAACAAGAAAAGUGUUUAUCAAUUUAAAUCUUGUCAUUGAAAAAUUGCUAUCAUUUAUCGAGAAGGGGAACUAUAAUACAUCAUCAUCAUCAUCACAUUCACACAUAGGUAAUCUGGAAAAUUUCGACGGCUUUAAAAGUUAUUCAAAGAAGUGUUUCACUAAUCAAGAUAGUCGUGAUAAGAAUCGUCGUUCAAUAAUUAACAACAGAUUAUCCCAUUCGUGUAGUUCAUUAAAUAAAAUUCAAAACAAUGGACAAUUAUUUAAUGAUCAACACUUGGAAUAUAAUGAAAGUAAAAUAAGUUUUAAACAUAUGAGAGAAUUAUUAAAACUCAGUCAUCAACAGCUUUUAGAACAGAUUUAUCAUGUGACCGAGAUGGUUGGUGCUGCACUUGACACGGACAUGGAGGACGCUAUCAAUGGAGUACAUAUCUCUGCUGUCAACAAUCACAAGAACAUCAAUGAUAAUCAGUCUAAUAAUAUUAUGAGCAAUAAGUUAACAACGAGUGGAAUGCUUACAAAUCCAUCAACUCCAGGUCUACAAGUUGUUGCUAAACUACUCAGUGCUAUACUUGAUUUAGAAACACGAUUAGACACAAUAUGUGAAAAACAAAUUAUAGCAGAGAAUAUAACAAACUCUGAAAUUAUAUUUGAUUAUGAUCAUUGUGGUAAAAAUUAUUUGAAAUAUACUCCAUGCUUAUCGUCGGAUGAGAAUACUUCAUCGUCAGUGCAACAAGGACUAGGAUUUCAGAUAAAAGAUUUGCAAAACCCUAAACGUAUAAAAGUGAUUGAAGAUAUUUUACGAAAUAGAAGAUAUAAAAGAGAACAUGUCAGAUCUCCUUUAGUCAAUGAUCAUGAAAACAAUUUCAGAAAAGAAAAACAAACUGAUUUAAAUGAAUUAAAUAUUUUAAUGGAAUGUGAAAGAAAUUUCUAA